AUGAGCCCCAGCGCUCCUUUAAUCUCUCCCCAGUCAGAGUCCACAUUUUUGCCCCAUGUUUUUUGCACAAAUGAGGGAGCCUUCUGGGGACCGAUCCUAGGAUUUCUGGUUGGGAUUUCAUGUAUGAUUACUGAGUUUGCUUAUGGAACCGGGAGCUGCAUAGAGCCCAGCAACUGUCCCACGAUUAUCUGUGGGGUGCACUACUUGUACCUUGCCAUUAUCCUCUUCGCCAUUUCUGUCAUCACCAUCGUGGUCAUCUCCCUCCUCACCAAACCCAUUCCAGACAUGCAUCUCUACCGUCUGUGUUGGAGCCUGUGCAACAGCAAAGAGGAGCGUAUUGACCUGGAUGCAGAAGAGAACAUCCAAGAAGUCCCUAAGGAGACCAUUGAAAUAGACACAGAAGUUCCUAAGAAAAAAGGAUUCUUCAGGAGAGCCUAUGACCUAUUUUGUGGGCUGGAGCAGCAGAGUGCACCCAAGAUGACUGAGGAAGAGGAGAAAGCCAUGAAGAUGAAGAUGACGGACACUUCUGAGAAGCCUUUGUGGAGGACAGUGACGAACGUCAAUGGCAUCAUCCUGCUGACCAUGGCUGUCUUUUGUCAUGCAUAUUUUGCCUGAGUCCUACCUUUUGCUGUAGAUUCACCAUGGCUGGACUCUUCCUCACCUCCCUUUAGUCUCGUCCUGUGGUGUUGAAGGGAAACCAGCCAGUUGUAAAUUUUGCCCAGGUGGAUAAAUGUGUAAAUGUGUAAUUAUAGGCUAGCUAGAAGAAAAUCAUUAGUUUGCUGUUAGCUUAUGCAUUUGAAGCCAGUGUGAUGCAGCCAUCUGUACCUACUGGAGCUGCAGAAGGACAGUCCCCUCAGUCACAUGCACAAAAAGACCAAGAAUCAGAAGCCAUAUGAUGUCUGAUAUGAGUCUAUCUCAGGUAGAUUCCGGGUGUCAGUGUGGUUUGUAAGAACUUUGGUCUCCCUGGUUCCUGCCACUUUUCCUGUCCAUCCUCCUCCCCAUUUUUUGUUUAAAAGAAAACUAUUUUCCCCCAUCAUAUCCCUCUCGAGUUUUGCCUGGACUUUCCCUCUCAAGUGUGUCAAUCGGAUAAACUGAGGAAUGCAUGGAAGCUGAGGAUGGAGCUUGAUGGGCUCCCUGUCCUGGGUGUUUGCUCUUUGAAGUAGAGGCCUGAGGAAGUUAGUACUUCCACAAAAGGGAGGGACUCGGGUCCCAGCCUCAAGCUAGUUGGGGAGGCAGAUAGCCUGAGUCCAGGGGAUUUUCUGGGCUUCUUAAAAUGUCCAUUGUGAGUUCCCUGUGUUUGGGAUUCCACUCAUUUUGGCAUUCACAGUGCCUGGAAUGUCUUAGAUUUUCAGCAAUGCUUGUUGAAUAAAUGAAUGACACAGGCA